AGCAUCCGAUUCGCUGGCCAUAAAAGCGGCGGCCAAAACGCUGCAGACCACAGUCGAAGAUCGCCCUUCCAGCCCGACACAGUCGCAGUUCUUCCCAACAAUCAAUCUCCAAACACGUCGACAUGAAGGUUUUCGUCUGCUUGCUGGCGGUGUGCAGUAUGGCCCAUGCGGGAUUCCUGGGCGGCGGCGGAGGAGGAGGAGGCAGUGCCGUUAGCUCUGGCUGGUCCUCGGGCGGAGGAUAUGGCGGUGGCUACGGCGGUGGUCACGGUGGAAGUGGCGGCUACAGCGGUGGCUACGGUGGUGGCCAUGGAGGAGGCUAUGGCGGCAGCAGCGGCGGCACCGUUAAGAUCAUCAAAGUGAUCACCGAUUCUGGAGCCGGUGGUGGCUACGGAGGUGGCUACAGCGGUGGCCAUGGAGGCGGCUGGUCCUCCGGAGGUGGCUACGGAGGUGGCUCCUCAGGUGGCUACAGCGGCGGCCAUGGCGGCGGCUGGUCCUCCGGAGGUGGCUACAGCGGCGGCCAUGGCGGCGGAUACGGCGGCGGCGGCAGCGGUGGCUAUGGAAGCGGCGGUAACAUUAAGAUCAUCAAGGUUAUCUCCGACUCCGGAUCGAGCGGCGGCCAUGGCGGCGGCUAUGGAGGCGGCUACGGCGGUGGCUCCAGCUACUCCUCCGGCGGUUGGGCUCCCCAGGGCGGCUGGGCCCAGAGCAGUUGGUAAAUGCUCUGCGUUGGUCAACGCAUGCUUUUUGGCUACUGUUUGUUACUGACCUUAAUUGUAAAUACUUCCCAAUAUUAAUGAAUAAAAACAAUAACGCUUUGUUGAGUCAUUUAACCCCAAAAACAAGAAUUGCGUUCC